GUCACAGCUGAAGGAAUGAUUAUAUCAGAUUCAAUAGUAAAAGAAAAAGGUCAUCAAUUUGCACAAGUUUUUACGAUACCAGAUGAAUCAAUUACAUUUUCAAACAGAUGGGCUACUAAAUUUAAACAGCAUAAUAGAUUAAAAAAAAUUAUAAUGUAUGGUGAAGAAGCAAGUGCACCAUUAGAAAACUUAUCUGAAGAAUGGAAAAAAUUACAAGAAUUUCUCUCCAAUUAUAAUUCAGAAGAAAUAUAUAAUGCUAACAAAACAAGUUUAUUCUAUUGA